CUCUUUCUCUCUCUUGUUCACUCUCUCCAAUCAACAUUUGGCUUUAGUUUUUUGGAAGAGGAACGCCAUCGGAAUGAACGCCAUGAUGGAUGCUAUGCAUGACUAUGGUGUGACUGCCACGCAGUAUCUACAGACUAACUACAAAGAUGCACAGGACUGGUUUCUGUUCGUCUCCUUCGCCGCUGAUCUGCGCAACACAUUCUUCAUCUUCUUUCCUAUUUGGUUUCACCUCAGGGCAUCUGUGGGCAUCAAACUCAUCUGGGUGGCUGUGGUCGGGGAUUGGCUCAACCUUGUCUUCAAAUGGAUCCUAUUUGGAGAGCGGCCCUACUGGUGGGUCCACGAGACACCCUACUACAGCAACAUUUCCGUACCGCACAUUGAACAGUUUCCCGUGACCUGUGAGACGGGCCCAGGUAGUCCAUCGGGUCAUGCUAUGGGCGCAGCUGGAGUUUACUAUGCCAUGGUCACCUCCAUCCUGACCAUCAUGCUGAGCAGAAAGACAACAGAUUCCACGAAGGCACUGUACUUGCGUGGCACACUCUGGACUCUUUUCUGGACCGUUCAGAUCUGCGUUUGUCUCUCCAGAGUCUUCCUCGCUGCUCAUUUCCCUCAUCAGGUCAUUGCUGGUGUAAUAACAGGUAUGAUCGUGGCUGAAGUCUUCAACAGACAGAGGUGGAUCUACUACGCCAGCCUGCAGAGGUACUUCAACAUCACUUUGUUCCUGCUGGCAUUCGCGGUGGGAUUUUACAUCCUGUUAAAGGCCGUAGGUGUGGAUCUGCUGUGGACUUUGGAAAAAGCGCAGAAAUGGUGCGUGAACCCAGCCUGGGUCCACCUGGACACGACGCCGUUCGCAAGCCUGCUGCGUAACAUGGGCACCCUGUUCGGGCUGGGUCUGGGCCUGCAUUCGCCCCUCUACACGGAGAGCAAGAAGAGUACCAGCGCCCCCUUUAGGAUCGGCUGCGUACUCGGCUCUCUCCUCCUGCUCCACCUCUUCGACUCCAUCAAGCCGCCGACGCACACGGCAGCGCUCUUCUACCUGCUCUCGUUCUGUAAGAGCGCCACCGUACCUCUGGUCACCGUCAGCAUCAUCCCGUACUGUGUAUCCGGAGCCCUGAGUUUACCAAGCAAGAAACACCUCUAAAAGAACUUCUAAAAGACAAUUCUAGUAAGAACACAAACCAUCAGCAGUAUUUUACAAAGCUUUCAUUCUUCACAACACAUUCAACUAGUAUGCAACUGGGUUGGUUUCCUUCCUGCAACCCUACUGUAAAAAAAAAAAACUGUUUAUUGCUCAGGAUUAUAGUGUUGUGUUUAGAUUAUCGUUAUAUUUAAUCUCAUAACUCGCACCUUAGUGCCCUUUCAGCAGACUGAGGAUAGGCUUGGCAUCCAGCCCAAGCACACAAUUGCUUUUCGAUGAGGUUCGUUUUUAAGAACUGAGAUGUAAUACUUUUACGACAGGGAAGAUGAAGAACAUUUCGUGCAAUCUAACAGAAAGUGCUGCCUGCCUGUAACGGGAAAAACCCUCAGUGUUUCUCUGUGUGUAUGGAAAUAUUAGUUGUCUGAGCCUUCUGUAAAAUGUUAUUUUUAGUAAUGUUUAUUUUUAAUAAAACAUUUAAAAAUUU